CGCGCAGGGCGGGGAGAGGCGGCGGCUGUGGGCGUCCGGCCCCGAACCUGUCAGACCUGGGAGCCAGCCUCCAGCGGCCGGCGCGGCGGACGCGAGCACUACCCAGCUCUCCCGCUGCCCGGGGUGGAGCAGCGCGAGCCGGCCUCGCUGAGCCGGCUGGGGGCGGGGAGAUGAGCUGCGGCCCCGCGGCAGCGCCCCAGGAUGGGGAGGGACGCGCGGCACUGCCCUCGAGAACUGGCGCUCCGGUGAAGUAGGCGCCACCGGCCGUCCGCCUCCCCCAAGCCGUUCCGCACCGCGGCCGCUCAGCCUCUGCCAUGGCCGGCUCUGGCGCGUGGAAGCGUCUCAAAUCUCUGCUGAGGAAGGAUGAUGCGCCGCUGUUUUUAAAUGACACCAGCGCCUUUGACUUCUCGGAUGAGGCGGGGGACGAGGGGCUUUCUCGAUUCAACAAACUUCGAGUUGUGGUGGCCGAUGACGGUUCCGAAGCCCCGGAAAGGCCUCUUAACGGGGCACACGCGACCCUCCAGGCCGACGAUGACUCCUUACUGGACCAAGACUUACCUUUGACCAACAGUCAGCUGAGUUUGAAGGUAGAUUCCUGUGACAACUGCAGCAAACAGAGAGAGAUACUGAAGCAGAGAAAGGUGAAAACCAGGUUGACCAUUGCUGCCCUUCUUUACUUGCUUUUCAUGAUUGGAGAACUUGUAGGUGAGUUGUGUUGCCAACUCACUUUCCGUUUACCUUUCCUCGAGAGUCUUUGUCAAGCUGUAGUUACACAGGUUGAGGUUUAACCCAUCUUUUCAGGAAGUUUGUAUUUAUCAAGACAUUGAUCUCAUGUGAAAAGGCCACACGGUUCCAAAGUGCAGCUCAAUCUAAGUACAACAUAAACUCCCCGAGAUAACUUUGACUUUAUCUUCUAGUUCUUCAAACACUGUCAUCCACCGUAAAGUUAAGGACGUUAUCUUCAUUGUAUGUCAUGUAACUUCCUCUUUUUACAAAGUUCUGGUAAAAUACCAGGUUAAUUUUCGCAACGUUUAAAAUAGUAAAUGAUCGUAAAU